AAUAAAAAAAAAACCCAUCAAAAAGCAGAAGAGCAUUUUGAAUGUACCGGAUGUCGAUGUCGUAUGCGUGAGGCUUUCGAUUCUCAGUCUAAAACAGUUUUCCUUUACAGCAAGAACAUUAGAGGCGUGAGAGGACAAAGAUUACGAUGGAAAGCUGCAGGUCUGGAAAACAAUGUAGCAACGUUGACUCUGUGAAGGAAGAGAGGGAAGAAGAGCAGCAGCCAUUGGGGGUUAAAGAAGAGGCUCCUGAUCUGAGCCGUUCCAGUUUGGACCAGCAGAACCUCACAUGUUACCAGGUGAAGAAGGAAGAGGAAGAACAGUUGAUCAGUCAGGAGGUAGAGCAGCUUAUUGUGAAGAAAGAAGAAGAAGAAGAGAAACCUCAGUUGUCAGAAGUUCAUCCCAUCAAAAGUGAAGACAGCAGAGAGACAGAAGCUCCAACCAGCAGCUCAGCUGAACAGAUGAAAACAGAAUCUGAUGGAGAGAUCAGUGGAGGACCAGAACCUGACAGAAAGCUGGAUCCAAGUACUAAUUCACAACCAAAUAUUGAAGAAAAGUAUUCAGCUUCUGAGACUGAAGUCAGUGAUGAAGGUGAAGAUGACAAUAUAUCAGGUUCUGGAUCUGAAAAUGAAGACAGUGAUGAAGACUGGAGGGAACCCAGAACACGUCAGUCUGGUGUAAACAGCAAAGUGGGACGUAAAGCUGCCAAGAAGGCCUUCAGCUGCACUGACUGCGGUAAACAGUUUGUGAGGAAGCAGAUGUUCCAGAAACAUCUGGCAGGUCAUUCAGGAGAAAAGUCUUCCAGCUGUUCUGUUGAGAAGAAUCACUCUAGAGGGAAGCAAAACGGUGAUGCACAGAUGGGACUCGAAACAGACAGAAAAUCCUUUUGGUGUGCUGAUUGUGGUAAAACAUUUCAGAAACAUGCUGCUCUUAAAUGUCAUAUAAGAGUCCAUUGUAGUAAAAAAAUAGUUGUUUGUAAAGACUGUGGUAAAAACUUCCACUGUCAGUUUCAACUUAAAAAUCACCUGAGAGACCACACAGGAGAAAAACCUUUUGCCUGUGAUAAAUGUGGUAAAAGGUUUAAAUGGAAGCAUAGUUUCAAUUAUCACAUGAUGAGCCACUUGGGAGAGAAACCAUUUCAGUGUGAGCUAUGUGAUAAAAAGUUUACAAGAAAUGGAGCACUGAAGACCCACAUGACAAUCCAUAAGGGAGAAAAACCAUUUGCAUGUAUUGACUGUGGCAAAUGCUUCAGACUUAAGAGUGAUCUAAAAGGCCACAUGGCAACCCACUUAGGUGUAAAACCAUUCAUUUGUGGGUAUUGUGGUGGCAGAUUUACUCACAAAGGAAAUAUGCUCCUGCAUGUUAGACUGCACACUGGUGAGAACCUGCUGUCGUGUGAUAAAUGUGAUAAAAAGUUUACUCGAAAGAGUAUCCUUCUGACACAUAUGCAAUGUCAUGAGAAGAAAGUGCCGUCUGGAAAGGGGAACUUUGCUUGUGAAGAAUGUGGAAGACGGUUUGUCAAGAAGUCGCUUGUAAAAAGACACAUGGUCAGGCACACAGGAGAGAAACAAUUUGAAUGCAAUACUUGUUUGAUUUUGUUUACGCGAGCGGAAUCCCUGAAGGUGCACAAUCGUAGAUUUCACAGCAAAUAGAUUGUACACAUAGAAUUUGCUUGGAAAGCUUUACUGCAAGAACACCACAGCAGUUAAUAUUGUUUUGUUUCCAUUUUACCUGGAUUCAUUUUGAGUUGGACAAGAUUAUUUUUGGUUCGUAGUAAGUAGAGCAUUAUGUUGCUGCAGAAAACUUUGAAAUUGACUGGAUUUAUUUCAUUGAGUGCUCCUACCUUGCUGAAUUACGGUGAUAUCAAAACAUAAUCCCACUUGUUGUGUAAAACAUGGUUCUAUUAAUCAUUUCUGUCCAACCAGUACAUACCUUCUCUUCAUAUUAGGUAAUCAGUAAGGCUUGUACUCAUCGUUCUCUUCAGAGGAAUCAUGAGAGGUUUUGAUUGGGGUAAUUAUUUUCAACAAUCAUUAAAACUCAAGCUCUAACGACUCAUUCAAUGACAUGUCUGUUUUUCAUUGUCAUUUUCUUUUAUCCGUGUAACUUUGAGUUGUGUUUGUUGGCAAGGACUCUCUUGAAACGCCAAUGAUAAUUAAAAGAUAAUAAUUUGCAGAACCAGUCCCUGAUUAUCCUUUUAGAAGUCAGUCUUUAAAUUUGAUAGAUAAUGCUUAAGUUUUAAUGCACAUUUGCUCAUGUGAUGACUAUAAAUAGGACACUCAGACGGUGACAGAGUUCAGUCUGUUCUGUUAAUGAAAGGAGACGUUCAAUAUGAAAUCUGUUGAAUAUUUUACAAUUAAAAUGUGCAUCAUUUUAAUAUAUAGCAAUAAACGACUGGCAAAACUA